GCCCCUGGGGCGGAUCCAGCAAGCCGGGUCUUCCGAGAGCCUUGCGAGCAGCCGGGUGGGCUGAGGGGGCGGCGGCAGCAUUGGAACCGGGGAAGUUUGGGAGACGCGGCCCCCUCUGCGAUCCUGAGCACCUCUCAAGCCCCGAGGACCGCGGGGGCCGGCGGACCCGCUUCCCGACGCCCCCGGGCCGGCAGCCGUCAUCUCCCGUCCUCUUGGCUGUCAAGGAGAUAUUUAAGCUUCUAAAAUGUCGUCUGUGAAGCCCCUAGUUUAUGCAGUUAUUCGUUUCUUGCGGGAACAAAGUCAGAUGGAUGCAUACACUUCUGAUGAACAAGAAAGUUUGGAAGUCGCAAUCCAGUGUUUGGAGACGGUUUUUAAGAUCAGUCCAGAAGAUACACAUCUGGCAGCUUCACAGCCUUUGACAGAAAUGUUCACAAACUCCGUCUGUAAGAAUGACAUACGGCCACUUUCAAACUCGGUGCCUGAAGAUGUGGGAAAGGCUGAUCAGCUGAAGGAUGAAGGCAAUAACCACAUGAAAGAAGAAAAUUAUGCUGCCGCAGUGGACUGCUACACACAGGCAAUAGAACUGGAUCCCAACAAUGCAGUUUAUUAUUGCAACAGGGCUGCUGCUCAAAGCAAAUUAAGUCACUACACAGACGCAAUCAAGGACUGCGAGAAAGCCAUUGCAAUUGAUUCAAAAUACAGCAAGGCCUAUGGAAGGAUGGGGCUAGCCCUCACUGCCAUGAAUAAGUUUGAAGAGGCAGUUACAAGCUACCAGAAGGCACUGGAUCUCGAUCCUGAAAAUGAUUCCUAUAAGUCAAAUCUGAAAAUAGCAGAACAGAAGUUAAGAGAGGUCUCCAGUCCUACAGGAACUGGGUUGAGCUUUGACAUGGCUAGCUUGAUAAAUAACCCGGCGUUCAUAACCAUGGCUGCAAGUUUAAUGCAGAACCCUCAAGUUCAGCAGCUAAUGUCAGGGAUGAUGACAAAUGCCAUCGGAGGACCUGCUGCUGGAGUUGGAGGCCUAACGGACCUGUCUAGCCUUAUCCAAGCGGGGCAGCAGUUUGCGCAGCAGAUACAGCAACAGAAUCCUGAACUCAUAGAGCAGCUGAGAAAUCACAUCCGGAGCAGGUCCUUCAGCAGCAGCACCGAAGAACACUCCUGACUUGACCAGCACCCUCGCCCCCAGUACAAACAUUCUGACAUGUACACUUGUAGAUAAUAGCCAAAAACAAAGUAACAAGAGCCACCCUAUACAAUGUCUGAAAAUAACGGAGGGAAGUCUCUUGUGUAAACCUGAGAGAAUACAUCUGUUUAGGUAAUAGUUUAUCACAAGCAGACUUGAACAUAAUCCAGACUCCUUUGGAAAGCAAUGAUCAGUAGCCUUGUUAAGGGCGAAUUCAGCCUUGGGACAGGGUCCAUCAUUUUAAAACUUUUAUCAUCAUAUUUGUAUAUUAAAGUUAGUACAGAGUAUAUUUAUUGAAUAGCAGGGCUAUUUAUUGGAAAGGUCUUUAGCUGCAGGUUCCCCUAGGCAGUGGUUUUAAGAGGGGGCAAUGCUAGUUUAGAAAUGUGCUUGGCAGCACGUCAGGAGAGAAGUGUUGGCGUGUGCUACCAUCAGUGACACAUGUCUAUUGCAAGUGAAGCUCUGAAGAUACUGUGAAUGUACAGAAAGCAAGGCAGUAUGCUCAGGUUUUCUGCAUAGGUUUUUAACUAAUCUUGUCUGUAGCUUUGUGUUGACAGCAUUCGCAUGGCCAGUUAAGUACAUAAUGAAACAUACUUAGAAAUCCUUAAUGAUGCUGGUCGGGUCAGUGGCACAACUGCCAUUAUCACAGCUUAACCGUCACAAUUUCAUUGCUGGUAAACUUACCUAGGGCAAUAUCUAGUUACAUUUAAAGAAGCCACUGACGUGUCCCCAGAUUAUGGGUUUCCUAAGUGAAAUUUAAUUAUACGCCCAUCAACGACGAUGAUGAUUUUUUUACCGUUAUUUGAUGGCUAACAGAAGCAUCUAUCUCUAACAUUGCUCAUUUAUGUGAUCCCGUGGUGCAGUUUGGCUUGGCAUGUCAGUCUCAUGCUUAACUUUAAUUUGUUGCAAUAUAAACAUAACAGGAGACUUCUAAUAUCUUACUUUAAAUUCGAUGCCAUACUAUGUGUCUGGCAUGUGGUUAGUGGAAAAAAUGACACGAGGAGAUUAAUGGCAGGAUUCUCCGUGUACUGACAGAUGAGACAGCUCACUUCAAAUGGGAUUGGCUCAUUAACCAAAAACUUGGUUGAAUGGGGCUGGUGUGUAAUUACAAGUGCUGAGGGAAAGGUCAAAAAAGAUGCAAUUUAAGAUUAAUGAGGGGGUGGGGCCUUCCCAUACUGUUCUCAAAGUGUAUGUUUAGUAUCUUGAGGUUUCAAAACUAACCUUUUCUCCUUUUUUUGCCUUUUCUGAGACAGUGGUUCUGUAAUUUCACUAUAAACAUCAAGUGAGGGGAAUAAUUCCAAAUUCAGUUUUAGGGUCAUAUCAUCAUGCUUGGCCUAAAUCACCAUUUUAAACAGUACACUGUGCAGUUAGGACUCAGCUUUAAAAUAACAGAAGGUCAGGUCUCUCCUCAAAUAGCCAGCUAGCACCUAGGCUUAGACUCAUGUGGGACAAACGAGAAACACAGUUCUGGUAGAGAACAGGGCUUAACCAGGAGAGCCUCUGACGGAACUCUGUUGUGGAAGCUGUUCCGCUCAGCAUCCAGUGUCCUUUACAGAGAAAAGCACUCAUUGGUUGCAUAAAAUUUAUAACAUGAUCAAAGAAAAUGAAAAAUUGUCAUUUAGGUAAAAAACAGUCAUCCAAUGUUGAAAAUGUUAAUAAUCCUAGAACAUGCUUUUAGUUCAAUAAAAUUGGUGAAUCCUUGGUGUAUCAAUUAGGAAACAGAAAAUACAAAUUAACAGUAUGAGACAGAAGUGCCAGAGAGCUGUGUAGUAUGAGAGCAGGGUUUCUACACCAUCACUGCAUUAGAAAGCAAACAAGUAGGAACCAAGAGGGAUGCACCGUGGAACAGAUCCUGGAGCUGUGAAAGGACAACCAGAGGGACUGGGAACACAGAGCACUCACAGUGCUUGUCUAGCAUGUGUGAAGCCCUGGGUUAGCCCUUCCCUAGUACUGCAUGCAACUGGCAGUGUGCACCUGGAGUCCCAGCACGUGAGAUGUAGAGUCAGGACCAGGAAUUCAGCGUCACUCUUGGCUACACAGUGAUUAUGAGGCGAGCCUGGGCUACAUGAACCCUGUCUCAAAGACAAAACCAAAAGACACCCAAGUAGAAAACAACCCAAAUAACAACAAAACGGACAUGGGGAAAACCCCAUGACUUACUUUAGAUUUUUGUCUUUUAACAACUUUGGGAAACAAAUCUUCGUGAAGAAGAUAAGCUGAUAGGCCUGUCUCUGUUAAAAAAUUUCAGUACCUUCCAGGAAAAAAAAAAAAAGAAGAAGAAGAAAAGAUAGGCUCAGAUGAUUUCAGGUCUUAGGGGAGAAUGAUAUCCCUUCUCUGUAACUCUUUUGGAAAACGUGAGGAAUUAACAGUCCCCAACUCAUGUGAGCAGUGAUACUCUGGUGAGAACUAACAGCUCUGGAACACUGUCUCCAUGUGCUAAUGCCCCUCGCGGAAGGCAGUUCUCAUGUGAAGUACAGCACAGGUGGAUCUUCCACCUCACCUGUCUAGUUUUGUUUCUAUGGGAAGGAAUCGACAGCUGGAUGUUGCCUCCCAGUUCCAGGGAUUUUCUUUCUGUUCAGGACACCCUUUACUCUUCAGGUCUGUCCAUCACAUCAGAGUCAUCACAUUACAAGCCAUUUUAAGAAUUUUUUGUGCUAGGUGUCUUAAAGGUUUAAGACACUUCUCUGGUAUUCUUCCCUUUGUCUAGGAUAUACACUUGCUAAGAGAAACAGGGCACUGAAUGCUUCCUCGUGUUCUGAUUAGGAAUGCCUGACUUCCAUGAAUCCAUUUCACUGGAGUAGCUGAAGCUGUUACCGUGCUAUGCAAAACCUAACAUGUCCUUUUUUAUGGAAAUGGAAUUUUCAUUUACUGUAUCAAAUCAUCAAUCUAGUUUUUAUAAUAGUUGACUCAGAUCCUUUAUAAGAUGGCAUUAUCUAUCCCUUAUUUAAAGUAUGAAUAGUACAUAGCUAUGUUGUUUAUACGCAGAAGAGACUUUGUAAUUGAAAGUAUAUAGCAGAAUAAGUUUUACAUUCUGACUGAAUGAAACAGUGCUUCAGUCAUGAGAGGAUGCUGAUAAAGACUGACUUGACCAGUCUGUCAUCCCAAAGGAACGGACCUCAGUUUUCACUGCUUCUAUCUUGUUUUGCACAGACAUUCACCAAUCAUGACUAAUGUGAGGGGCAAGUCUUCUGAAUAUUCCUUUCAUUUUGGACCAAACAAUUUGUCAUGGCAAUAAAUAAUUAUGCAUUU